UCUGGGUAGAGUCUGCGCGAGUGGAAGUGGAGCGAGUCGCUCGGUCUCGGCAGCCGACAUCCAUUCUGUGCGGCACUCCCGUGCAGCAGGUUCGCGCGGUGCUUACCGAGGGCUCCCCGGUUUAUUGGAUCCUUCCUGUUGUUUCCGUGCGAGUCUGUAAGCGAAAAGCGGGACGAAGGAGGAGAAGAAGCUGACACGGAUUAAAAAAAAAACCUCCAGACGAACGGAUUCCUCCGUCGGAGAGAACGCGGAGACUAGGGGCUUUUUUCCGAGGACGGCGUGCUCCGUUGAAACCCAAUAUGGCGCUGCUGCGAGGUACGGCCGAGCUGAAUUAAUUUCUCCGCGAAUCCGCCGACCUCCCCACCUGUGUUGUUCCGAGCCCGGACCGAGCGGCGCCUUGACGGAAUUUCUUUUUCUUUCUUUUUUUUCUUUUUUUGUGGAUCUUGUAUUUUCCGCUCUCCCUUUCUCUCCUCAGCGCAGGAUCGUUUUUGUUGCUCUGGAAGCUCAAAUGCCAUAUUUGGCUUAAGAAAAGUCCGUUUUUAAUGUACUAUAAUCAUGGAUUUGAGUAGAAAAUAGACAACGAAAUCAAAUCCGAGAGGUUUAUAAGCAGCAUUUGUUUGGUGACAAGUGGAUAACCUGUUAGACACUUUUAGUUGUUUUUUUUUUUUUUUUCUUGGACGGGAUCGUCUGUCUCCAGCGGACAGGACCGGAGCCGGGCACACACAAAAAAAGCAAGCGGAGGCGUGAACGGGACCAGAACUUCACACGAUUAAUCAGGGCAAACAUCUGUUCGUGAUGUUGAUGCUGAGGCACAAACCAACCUGGAACUAAGACAAGGAAACCACAUCACACAAAACAUGGUGGAUGCACGGUUAACCCCCUUGGCAGCGAUGGGGCUGGACCGAAGCACUCUGAUUCACGAUGGCCUUCGUCUCCACAGUGGGGUUGUGUACCCAGGGAUCAGAGCUCUGCCAGGGGAAAAGAGUCGCGAGACCCCCACUCUCCCGCUGAGUUACAAUAGGGACGGCCUUGCAGAACUAAUUUAUAAGCCUGAUGCUUCCCUGGACAGUCGCAAGCCCUCAAACGGGUACCUGGGCCUGUACAAGGGAACCCAUCCAAGUCUUCACAAGUCUAUGCUGGUUCCUGGAGCUGAGAGUCUAGGUAUGGAGCGCAGAGUUGGGCCUGGAGAAAAGACAUCAGAGCUGGGUUUGGCUGGCGCUGGUGGGAGCUAUCUCCGUAUGCCAUGGCUCAACCCCUACCCUGAAGCAAACAUGUUCCCCUUUAUGGACACGUCCAAGUAUGCAGCUCUAAACAUGUACAAAGCUUCGUUGCUUAGCCAGCCCAGCCCCUAUCUCCCACAGCACCUGCCCUACCCACCUUUUUGUGCAGCCCAGGGGGCCAACGUCACCUCUGCUGCAGCUGUUUCUGCUGCCGAGAGGCUCUAUUAUAUGCCUCCCUAUCCGCCCGCUCCUAUUUCUUCUUCCCUGGUGGCUCCUCCUAUGAGGAUUCCUACAGUCACUGUGGCCCCCACGUCACUGGUACACUGUCAAGACAAAGGGCUUAGUGUUGCACCUCCAUUUGCACAGCAGCUUCACCAACCUCAUCCUCAGCACCAUCAGGCAGCUAUGGACAGAGAACGAUCUCCAAACAGGAGCAGCAGGCCAAGCAGACCUCCCUCUAGGAAGAGCACAAACAACAACACCAAUGCCAGUGGCGCCACCACUAGUGGCACCAGUGCUGAGAAUAAUAACAGUCUGCCUGCUGAUUCUUCUAACAUUACUGCUUGCCUCCCUCAGCCUCCUCCUAUGCCGGCUCGCCUUGACAAAGCACUGGAUUUACAAAGACCAGUCGCUAGGAUAGGACAACCGCCCGCCUCUUCCACAUCUUCGGUAUCUGCAUCAUCUUCCUCCACGCAGCCCAUUCCCCAUCACUUCUCGGUCAGCAGCAUAGCAUCUGAUCAGCCCUCCCCGGCCCGACCAAGCACCCACAAACCCAGGCAAAGAGAUGGGUCCUCCGAUCAAAGAACUGCAGGGGAAAAAGUUCGCAGCAGGUCUCCUUCCAAAGCGAAUUUUGAGAGGCCAGCUCAUCAACCCCAAGCAACCAAAGAAUCAGCAGAGAAACCUCUAGAUUUGUCUGGACGAAUGAUGGACUUUGGGCUACCUGCCAAUGGUUUCCCAGUUAAAAUGGACACAAUGGCAUCAAGUGCACGUUAUGGACUUCCCUCUAGCAGAGAGCUUCUAAAAGAUAAUGUGUCCCUCUCUCCGUCCUCGCAUUCUCAUCCUGUCGUCAGCAGCACUUCCUCAAAGGUCUCAGAGAGACCAGAGAUGAUCAGCACUUUACAUUCAUCCUGGAUUGUACCGAGCCAGUCUUCUUCCCACACACAGCACACUCCAGGUUUGCCACCUUCUCCGAGGUCCAAUGUGGAGCUGGGUCUUACACAAGCUAAAGGCUCUUCACCCUCCAUCAAAAACAAGGGCCUGGAGAUGGUUCUCCCUCAGCAAAGAAGCUCAUCCUGUCCAAGGAUUGGAGAGUCCAACCACAAUGUUUCAACUUCUCAACCCUCUGGCUCCUCUUUGAUAAGCUCCAGGCCUUUUUCUCCCAAACCUACACCAGAGUGGGACAGCCCCAGUCAGACGGAGCAUCACAGAGAGGGAACAGAGAAGUCCUCUCAGGUCACUAAGAGAGGUGAACCAACUCCAGAUGUGUCUUCUUACAAGAGGCCAUGUUUAGACAAUGGUCAUCCUGCCCAUCUUUAUCUCCCUCAAAGUGAAUCUUAUCUGAACCACAAUUUGGCUUAUGCCAACAGAUUUCUGCAGUACCCUAUCCCAGAUGGCAUGGCUCUACACUCUGUGCCUCUAUCGGGGAAAGGCCCUGUUUACCCCCCUUCAGUGCUGCUGGGUAACAACAGCAUUUAUCCAGCUCACUUGGCAGCAAAACACCCAUUAUCAUACCAUAACCUCCCAGCUGGUCCAGGAGGGGAAUACCUCUCUUAUAACUCGCAAAAAAUGGCCCAUCCGUUAAUGCAGAUGCACCCUGACAACAAGAUACCAGAAAGGGCCGAUGCAACACUGAAAACCAGAGGACAGGAGAAGUCCCGGGGGACUGUGGAUGAAUGUGGUGAAGGUAACCAAAUGAGGGAAGGAUUGCAAGGACAAGGUGGAAGUCAAAGCAAAAAUGUCUCCUCAUCCACUGCGUCAAGAGAAAAGAUUGUUUGCAUUGACCUUGUACACUCAGACACAGACAUUGAGUCUACCCCACCAGUACACAAACAGCCUCCUGCUGACGUUUGCAACAAGGGUAACCAAAAUGAAUGUCAUUCUAACCAAAAUAUGACAAAAACUGAUUGCGAACCAAAAAACCAACCAUAUCCAAUUCACUCGGAGCGCAACUCCAACCUAAAGCUGAACCACACCGAUGGACCCCAGCAACCCCCCACUGGGAAAGCAAAGGUUCUCCAGGACACUGUAGCGAGCUCAUCCCAGCCUUGUUUAGGGGAGGUCUCUCAAGCGGAGGACAGCUCAGAAGAGCGCAGUCUCAGCCCAGAUCCUGAAGACCAGGACCAGAGUACCUUGCGCUGUGCUCGUACCUCAGGAGAGCGCAGCUCUGGUAAAGACAAAAGAGACCAGGACAGUGAUGGUCUUCAUUUCACACAGCACAGCGCAAGGGUGCUGAAGGAGUCUCUUCUGGAGGGAGUGUGCGAGGCUGAAAAAGAGGACAGUAUUGUUGAUUUAGGGGAGUCGCACGGAGAGGGGGAUGACGAAGAGGAAGAGGGUAGCCAUUCUUCAUCUAAAAACUCUCGUAGAUCCAGCCUUGCCAAGAGGAUUGCCAACUCUUCUGGCUACGUUGGCGACCGUUUUAAAUGUGUCACAACAGAGCUGUAUGCCGACUCCAGCAAGCUGAGUCGUGAGCAGAGAGCAUUACAGAUGGAAGUCUUAUCACGAGAGGGGAGUAAUAUAAGCCAACCUGCAGCUAACUGGGAGCGGGCAAUGAUGCGGUUCUCCGAGCUGGAGCUGAAGGAGAAGGAGGGUGGCGGCGGAGUGUGUGUCUCUGCCUCGGCAGCAGGACGGGAGCUGGCAGACGGCCAGCGCAGACAGCGAAUGCUGGAACACUGCCAGCACACCACCAGGCAGGCAGAGAGGGAGGGUGUCCGUCCAGCGUACACAAACAACCGAGUCCCAGUGCUCCAGAGGUGUGGGGGCCAGAGGGAGCCUUUGUCCCCGGCUCACGAGGCCCAAGAUGGAGCCAGGAAGGCGAUGAGAGAGUCUGAGGAAGGUCUUUGUAUGCCACCCACUCUGACACUGUCCAAAGGAUUCCUGGAGGAAAAGGUCAGCCCCGGCUUCGGACCCACCAGGAAACGCCCACUCAUCGUCAAGGCGGAGCAGGAAGAGUCUCAGGAUGGAGAUCGGCAAUCCCACCCAGAGAAGAGGGCUAAGCUGUCUGCGGGUGAGCACGAGCAGGCCAGCCCCAGUGAGGAUGACGAUGAGGAGGUGCGAAAGCUGAAGGUCUGCAUCGAGCUCAAGGGACUUCGACUGAGCAAGCCCGCUGUGGGAGCUGCUACUUCACCUGACGGGUCACAGGUCAAACUAGAAAGGGCAUGGUCCCAGCCCCGAGUGUUGAACCCGGCCCAGGGUCAACGGGAACGCAAGAUCCGUCCGUCCGACGCAGAGGAGCGAACGGCCGCACACAGGAACGACAUCAACAGGAAAUGGUGCUGUGAGAAGCUACUUAAUGGAGUAGCUGCUCCUGCCCUUCCCCCCGGCCAGAUGAAGGACAGAGUGCACCAGCCAAACCUCUUCUCAGGUGACCAUGGCUUGAAGGAGCCCAGGAGGGGCCCUCCCUCCCCGGCCCCAGAGAUGUGCGUGGGAGGCACUCCUCCCCUUAAGCCUCGUCGCCAUAGUGACGCGGACAAACCCAAGGGCAAGCGGCCGUGCAAGACCAAACACACCAGCCAGAGAGAGAGAGAGCAGGAGAAGAGGAAGGAGGCCGCGAGGCCGAGCAGCACGGGCCAACUCGCUGUGGCUGAUCUGGGAGCAGCAGAGGAUGACGAGCUGACUGAGCAGCGCAGCGCUCCGAGGAAGAGAGCCGCCUCUCCUAAUCAUUAUCCCAGCUCUCCGCUCAAGCCCUGCUCACCCACUGCACUCUGUCCGCCCCCCUUGCAGCUCCAGGCCAACGGCAGAGCUCCACCAGAGGCAGCGGGGCUGCACAGGAGUCCCCCUCCCGAGCCCUCACUCGUGCGACCGAUCCCGCCGGAGGCUCGGAGGCUGAUAGUGAACAAGAAUGCCGGGGAGACCCUGCUGCAGCGAGCUGCGCGGCUCGGCUACGAGGAGGUGGUGCUGUACUGUCUGGAGAACAGAGUGUGUGAGGUGAACCACAGAGACUACGCCGGCUACUGCGCUCUACACGAGGCGUGCGCUCGGGGCUGGCUCAGCAUCGUCCAGCACCUGCUGGAUUACGGAGCUGACAUUAACUGCAGCGCGCAGGAUGGGACCAGACCGAUUCACGACGCUGUGGAGAACGAUCACCUGGACGUGGUACGAGUGCUUCUCUCCUAUGGCGCUGACCCCACUCUGGCUACCUAUUCCGGCCGCAGCCUCCUCAAAAUGACCCACAGCGACGGCAUGGAGCGCUUCCUCACCGAUUAUUUUGCUGACCUUCAGGGCCGCUCGGAUGACGACCCGGGCCUUUAUUGGGAGUUCUACGGCAGCGCUGUGUGCGAGUCUCGAGAAGAGGGCGGCAUUUAUGACAUCCUGGCAGACCCCCCAGGCCCAGAUGAUGACAGCGAGGACGACAAGAGGGAGGUGUUUGAGUUUGAGUUCUCCGAUCGCCCCUUGCUGCCUUGCUACAACAUCCAGGUGUCCCUCUCUCAGGGACCCAGAAACUGGCUGCUGCUGUCUGAUGUGCUGCGGCGGCUGCGGAUGUCUGCGCGCGCGUUCCGGCAGGCCUUCCCCCACAUGGAGGUGGUGACGGUGGCGGAGGCGGAGUUUUACCGCCAGGCGUCUCUGUCGCAACUCUUCUCCUGCCCGGAGGAGCUGGAGGGCUUCCACCCGGACAGCAAGGAGCUGCUGGACCUGGUGGAGGACAGCGCGGAGCUGGCCGCUCUGCUGGGCUCAACACUGGAGUGUUUGGACGACCGCUGGGACCACCCAGGGGACAAACUUAAAGACAAGAUGAAAGCGGCUGGCAGGCUGGGCUCAUUCUAACGCCUUUGAGCUGUUGCUUUAGAACCGAUGAAAGGUUACGACGACAUGCCUUAGCUUGACCCGGACGAACCCACCUACUGCCCGAUGGGCUGCUGAAUCAUUUCCCUCCAUAAGGAUCAACACGUUUGUGACUCAAGAUACUUCAUAGUGAUCUUAUUUUUAUAAAUUAAUAUAUGUACAAAUAAAUAUAUACAGUAUAUAAAAUGAGGUUUUUUUGAGAUGGUGUAAGAUUUUGUAAGAGUGCAGUUGCUCUCUCAGCCGCAGACCUGAGUGCACAGCACACGGUGCGUGCAGUUGUACAGAACGGUAACGUUGGCUCUGGUUUUUGUGUUUAUAGGAAGCACAGGAUGUCUCUUUGUUCCUCUCCUCAAACUUUAGCGCUCGCUUGAGCCUCAGGGGCUUUUCUGUUGUAUUUCUUCUGUUCCGGCUGUUAUUUAACAAGCGAAACUGCAACGUUUUUUUUUUUUUGUAAAGUUUUAAGAUGAUGUUGAUAACCCCCCCCUCCCCUGCGGCACAGAGCUUGUAUAUAACUGGGAGGCUACUGCAGUAACGUAAUUUUUUGGUGUGUUCAUAUUUUCUCUUUGUUUUAACUUUGUAAUUAAAAUAUCCCGUAAUUUGUAUUUAUAUUUUACAGAAGAAGUUGCUUUAAAAUAAAUAUACAAACUGCAAGAUGAA